ACUUCGUCGGGGAGGAUGGCGGGCCCCGGCCAGGUCCUCAGCCCACCGAUGGGAGGGCCUGCCGGAGGAGAGCUGGGAGGCUCGUUGGUACCCGGCUGUCCCCCGUGGGGAGGGCCAGGACGACUUCCACUCCCUCCGCCUCAGCCCCUCCAGUGCCAGCAUCUCGGUCUUCGGGCAUCUUGGGGCUUCCCUUACCAAGUUGGAGGGUCGUUCCGGGGACUUCUUCCCUCUCAGUGCGUUAGUAGAGAGUGGACGGACUGUAAAUAGCAGGCGCCACCGAGCUGUUCGCUGAGGAUCCAACCCUCGCUUCUCUGGGUUUGGUUUUCUUGGCCAAGGAUUCCCCCCCAGAGUUCGGCUCCUGCAGACUGAACCAAAUCCCGCUUCAGUUACGGGCCAGGGUGGACGCUUGGGCUUCUGCGGUGGGGAAGUAGUGAUGCGGAGGCCUCUGAAGGGGUUCAUAAUCCAAAGGAGGAGUGGGCCAAGCUCUUCUCCAGGAAGUGAAAAUGUGGUGCCUCGAGAGCCGUUGAUUGCCACAGCAGUGAAGUUCCUACAGAAUUCUCGAGUCCGGCAGAGCCCACUUGCAACCAGGAGAGCAUUUCUUAAGAAGAAAGGGCUGACAGAUGACGAGAUCGACCUGGCUUUCCAGCAGUCAGGCACUGCUACAGACGAGCCUCCAUCCUUGGGCCCGGCCACGCCAGUACUUCCCGUGCAGCCCCCUCACCUCAUCCCUCAGCCAUACAGCCCCGGCGGUUCCCGAUGGCGAGAUUACGGUGCCUUGGCCAUCAUCAUGGCGGGAAUUGCAUUUGGCUUUCACCAGCUCUACAAGAAGUACCUGCUGCCCCUCAUCCUGGGAGGCCAAGAGGACAGGAAGCAGCUGGAGAGGAUGGCGGCGAGUCUCUCCGAACUGAGUGGCAGCGUGGCCCAGACAGUGACUCAGGUACAGACAACGCUGGCCUCUGUCCAAGAGCUACUGAGACAGCAGCAGCAGAAGGUCCAAGAGCUGGCCCAUGAGCUGGCCGCGGCCAAGGCCACAACGUCAACCAACUGCAUCCUGGAGUCCCAGAAUAUCAAUGAGCUCAAGUCGGAAAUCAACUCCUUGAAAGGGCUUCUUUUGAAUCGGAGGCAGUUCCCUCCCUCCCCAUCAGCCCCGAAGAUCCCCUCCUGGCAGAUCCCAGUGAAGUCUCCAUCACCCUCCAGCCCCGCGGCCGUGAACCACCACAGCAGCAGCGACAUCUCCCCUGUCAGCAACGAAUCCACGUCCUCCUCUCCUGGGAAGGAGAGCCACAGCCCCGAGGGCUCCACAGCCACCUACCACCUGCUGGGCCCCCAGGAAGAGGGUGAGGGGGUGGUAGAUGUCAAGGGUCAGGUGAGGAUGGAGGUGCAGGGUGAGGAGGAGAAGAGGGAGGACAAGGAGGACGAAGAGGAUGAGGAGGACGUCCUUGGGGUACAGAGGGAGGACCGGCGGGGCGGGGACGGGCAGAUCAAUGAGCAGGUCGAGAAGCUGCGGCGGCCGGAAGGCGCCAGCAAUGAGAGUGAGCGGGACUAGGGCUGGCACCUGGCGUGCCCACCUUUCCGGGACAUCAGCGGCAGGUGGGCACGCGUGGGUUCUGCCCCCACGAGGGGGCCAGCAACCCGGGUAGGGGUGGGGCUGUUCCCGGAUGCAGCAGUGUGGGGUUGCGUUUCUGUUCACCAGCCUCCCAGACCCCUCCCCAGCCCCAGCCCUGGUGACCCUGGCUGUUCACAGCCAGGCGGAGGACUCGGGAGCCCUGUGCUCAAGCCCCUGCCGAGCCCCUCCUGGACAGGUGUCUUGUCCGGGUGUGCCCUUGAGUAUCUUGACUACCUGACACCAUGCAUGGCCAGAGCUCAUGUCAUCUCGUGCCCCCUGUCACCUCAGUGCAGGGGGACUAUGGCCCCCUUGGUCUUGCUCUCUCCCACUGUGCCCUGGCCUGGCCUGUGGCUUCUUCUUUGCCUGUUCCAAAAGCCGGAGCCCUGGACCUGCUCCUCAUUUUGUGGGCCUGCCGGGACCCAGCCUCCCCACAGCCAGGUCCUGGCUGACACACGCUGCCCUUGGGCACUGUCCCCAGCCCACCCACCGUGUUGUCCUGUAGCCACACAAGACCAUCCUCGCUUGCUGUGUCGUGGUCUGGCUACUCGAGGGUCAGGCGUACUUCUCCCUCUACAGUGGAGCCAGGCAGCAGGGCCUUCCUGACCAACAGCCACGUCUGUCCUUCCCACCGAGAAACACAUGUUCAUUUAUGUGAUCAUGUAUAGAUUUCAGAAUAUAAGAUAUGACUGUACAUAAUUGUAAUAAAUAUGAGUUGCCAUAUUUAA